AGUUUAAUUGAAAGUUGAACAGUGAAGAGUCGAGUUUCUGUGUCAAAUUUUGUACUUUGUGCCAAUUAUUACGUUUUUUUUCUGUUGUAUUUUUUGUGUUUAUAUGACUAUAUCUAUUCUAUUACAUUUUAUAUGAUUUACAUCUUUGAAUUACAUGAGAAACCAUAUUAGAGUGAGCAUUAAAUAUAUUAAUUUUCUUCUUAAAUAUAUAAUUUAUUCUUUUGAUUAUGAUUUAAGGGAUGCUGUAUGUUGUUAUGAUUUGUUAUUUUAUGUAAUAUUUCCUUAUAAAAUGUUCAUUGAUUGUUUAAUCACGCGUUUAAAACAUAUAGUAAACAUAAAAUUUAAAAUAUAUAGUAUUUCUUUCAAUUAAAAUUUUUAAUUAUUUUAGUUAUAAUCAUAAAGAUUGUUAACAUAUUGUACAAAAAUAAUUUUAAUUAUUCGUUAGACAGUUAAUAUGCUUAGUGUGCUUUUCAAUAUAUACAGUAAUAUUAUCAAUGAAAUGAAAUUUUUAAAAACUUCAAUCCAAAUUGAAUUCAAUUUUAUUGUCAAAUGAAAAAUUAUUAAUUUUUUAUAAUAAUAGUUUUAUAAAUAUUAUUACAUAUCCAGAAAAAUGUUGAUUAUGUGGAAUGUAUAAAAAUUAUCUAAAGAAAAAAAUUUCACCUAUAAUAUUUGAAGACAUUAAGAGAUAUUGCUUAAAGCAAUGUGAUAUACAUGAAAAUAUAUACUAUAUAUAUUUAUGUUUUUAUAUAAAAAACGAUAAGUCAGAAUGACUUUAUCGAUUUAUUUAUUAGCUGCCAUUGCAGCUUUGGGAACAAUUAAUGCUUUAGAAGGUCCAAAUAUAUGUACGAGGCAAGAAACGUACACAGUGACGGUGAGGAUAUCGGAGCAGAAACCUUAUACUGUCCGAGAGAAUACUUGGUGCUUCAGUUUUCCACCAAGAUGCUCCAAAUAUAAAGUCGUAUUUAAAACCAUAUUUAAGGAGCAGGAAUUAAAGAAACAGAGACCAGUGGAAGAAUGUUGCAAAGGUUUUACGGAGACCAAUGAUGGCGAUCGUUGCAUUCCUAUCUGUUCCAAGGACUGUAUUCAUGGUACUUGUAUCGCACCCGAUGUCUGUAAGUGUGAAUCAGGUUACGGAGGUCCAUUGUGUAACUAUAAAUGUCCACCUGGAAAAUGGGGCAAAUCUUGCGAAAUGGACUGCAUGUGUCAAAAUGGAGCUACUUGUGAUCCAUUUGAUGGUAAAUGCUUAUGUAAUAGAGGUUGGACUGGUACUUACUGUAAUCAGGAAUGUCCUUCUAAUCGAUAUGGACAAGAUUGUGGCGAAGAAUGUCGCUGCCGAAAUGGUGGAAGUUGUCAUCAUAUUUCUGGCGAAUGCCAUUGUGCUCCAGGUUAUACAGGACCUCUUUGUGAUGAUUUGUGUCCACCGGGAAAACACGGUGAUGAAUGCAAGUCAGAAUGUAAAUGUCAAAAUGGUGGUUCUUGCAAUCCUACAACUGGCGAAUGUUACUGUACUCCUGGAUGGACUGGUUCCGUCUGUGCAAGUCGAUGUCCAGAAGGUUUUUGGGGUAAAAACUGUUCUCAAGAAUGUGAUUGUUAUAAUGGAGCUGGUUGUCAUCAUAUUACUGGAGAAUGUGAAUGUAAAUCUGGCUAUUAUGAUGAAAAGUGUUUGAAAAUAUGUCCUGAGGGAACAUUUGGUUUGAAUUGUACCAACAAUUGUACUUGUGAAAAUAGUGCAAUUUGUUCUCCAAUUGAUGGAUCAUGUACUUGUAGUCCUGGUUGGAUGGGUGAAAAAUGCAAUAAGCGUGUUUGUCAAGAUGAAUUAUGGGGACCCAACUGUACAAAAAUUUGUGAGUGUGAAAAGAACAAUACAGAAAUGUGUCAUCCUUGGAUUGGAAAAUGCAUUUGCAAACCAGGAUGGGAUGGUGAUAUUUGUACCAGACCUUGCCCUCUCUACAUGUAUGGAAAAGGCUGUCAAAAUCGUUGCAAUUGCAAAAAUAAUGCACAAUGCUCACCUAUAAAUGGAACUUGCAUUUGUGCACCAGGAUAUAGAGGUGAGGAUUGUAGCGAAAUUUGUCCUGACAACACUUAUGGUGAAAACUGUGCACAAGAAUGUGUCUGUAAAAAUGGUGCCACGUGUUCACCCGAAAAUGGCCGGUGCAACUGUACAGCAGGAUGGGUUGGUGUUUCAUGUGAUCGUCCAUGCGAUGAUAAAUCUUUCGGCAAGGACUGCGAAGGCAAAUGCAAAUGCUUUAAUAAUGCUGCCUGCAAUCCACAAAAUGGCACAUGCACGUGUGCAGCUGGCUUUACUGGUGAAUUUUGCCAAGAUCAUUGUGAAAAAGGAUUUUUUGGGUUGGGAUGUACACAAACCUGUGAUUGUCAUGAAGAGAAUAGUCUAGAUUGUGAUCCUGCCACUGGUUAUUGCAUCUGUAAGCCAGAAUGGCGAGGAAUUCGUUGUGAAACAAAAUGUCCAAAAGGUCUUUAUGGUAAUGACUGUCACUCGCAAUGCGAAUGCAUGAAUAAUAGUUCAUGUGAUCCGGAAACAGGCACUUGUAUUUGUGCCAGAGGCUGGGAGGGAGUUGACUGUUCUCAACCUUGUAAAGAAGGGUGGUAUGGAAUGCGUUGUAAGGAAAAAUGUCCAAAAAAAAUACAAGGUAACAUGACAUGUGAUCAUGUCACUGGUGAAUAUAUUUGUAGACCUGGAUACUUAGGUUUAACUUGUGAACAUCCUUGUCCACCUAAUCGUUAUGGAUUAAAUUGUGCUAAUCAUUGCCAUUGUAAAAAUGGUGGUGAAUGUCAUCAUGUGACAGGAGUAUGUCAAUGUCGACCCGGUUGGCAAGGUGAAUUUUGUCAAAUACCUUGUAUGGAAGGAACAUAUGGUAUGAAUUGCAGUCAACAUUGUACAUGUCAACAUGGAGGAAAAUGCAGAUCUAAUGAUGGUCAUUGUCGAUGUGCACCUGGUUGGACUGGAACUAAGUGCACUGAAAUUUGUCCAGAAGGAUAUUAUGGUGAUCAUUGUAUGGAACCUUGCGAUUGUAAAAACGAUUUCUAUAUGUGUCAUCCCGCUGAUGGAUGUAUUUGUAGACAUGGAUAUACAGGUCUAAAUUGUGACGAAGAAUUAUUUUCGCGUAAUAUACAAGAAAAAGAUGACUUGGGUUAUGGUAGUAUAAUAGCAGGAUUUUUCUUUGCUGCAUUUGUUGUUAUUGCAAUGGUAUUAGCUGGAUGGAUAUAUCAUCGUCGCAGAGUAGCAGAUUUAAAGAAUGAAAUUGCACAAGUGCAAUAUAUUGCUGAACCUCCUUCUCCUCCAGAACAAACUCAGUUCGAUAAUCCCGUGUAUGCAUAUCAAGGUUCUUCGAAAUUUGAUGAUGGAACAACUACUUUAUUAAAUAAUUUCCAAUUUAGAAAUAAUCUUGGAACAAGUAAAAAAAUAAAUAAUGAAAAAGUUAGACUUGGAAUAAAUAGUUGUACAGAUGAUGAAGAUGAUUGCAAAGGGUCAUAUAAUCGAUACGAUUUAAAAAAUAGAGAUGCAGAUAUGGGAAAUCCAAAUCUUAAUGUAUAUCAUAGCAUUGAUGAAAUGGAUGGCAAAAAAGUUGAACAUGUUUAUGAUGAAAUUAAACAAAAUAAUGAUGAAUCAGAAUAUGAUCAAUUAGAUAAUCCAAGACCAAUUAGCAAUUACAAACAAUUCAACUUAAUGCCGAAUGGUUUCUGUUCAAAUUCAUCAGACAAUCCAGGACCUAGUAAUUUCAAAGAUAAAGAUCCAGAACUUGGUAAAAUGUAAAUUUUUUUUUAAAAUACUCAGGUUAUUCAAAUUAUAGAAUUUAAAUUUUAGAUAUAAUAUAUAUAUCUGUAAUGUAACUUAAAGAAACAAAUUUUAAAUGUUAUAUAUCAUAAUUCUCUUAAAUAAUUAAUUUCAUUUCUUCAUAUCAAAAUCAAAUUUUCAUGUAUUAAUUUAAAACUUGAAAAAAUUUUAAAUAAUUAGUCUCGUUUUUUUUACCAAAAUCAAGUUUUUAUAUGUUAAUCUGAGCCUCAAAAAAAAAUCUUUAAAAAAUUUUAAAAUAAUAUCAUAAGAUAAAUGAAACAAAAAUACAAAUGUAUUCUAAUUGCUCAGUAUAUAUGCAUGUACAUAAUAAUAUAAUGAAUAGUUAGGUGGAUAUUAUAUUUAUAAAAUUACAUACUCAUUAUCCUAAAUGUGUUGGACUGUUUCUUUUCAUAAUAUGAUAUAUAUAUAUUUAGUAAAUACAAUAGAAUAUGUGAUGCAAUAUAAUUGAUAAAUAAUCUAUUUAAAAUAAGUAAUUAUAUCACAGUUGAUCUUUAAAAAUUUAUUUAAAAAAUAAUUGUAUUUUAUUAAUAUUCGUGACAGAUAAAAAAUUGUACCUUAAUUUAAGUAGAUAAAAAAGUAUAACAGUAUAUCAAAAUUAUUCAAAAGAUUUUGUGAUAUUUAAAAAAAUGAUAUAAAAACAAAUUUUUUUUUACUUAAAAUAACAAAUUUUAACAGAAUAAAUAAAAUAUAAUUAAUGACUUUUACAUACGAAAGUGCCUUGUAAAUUUGGGAGUGAUAUACAUUACAAAAUUUAAUCAUAUUUAUUUUUUUAUCUUUAUAUGUGAAAAAAAUUGAAGGUUAUAAUAAUGAAGUUAUUAAAAAUACUUAUUACUAUGUCUAAGAUCUUAUUAAAUAGAUAGAUCUUAUUAUAUAAAUUGGCAAACAAGGUACAAAAUCGUUGUGUAAGUCUGUGUGUAUAUAUAUAUAUAUAUCAAUAAGAGACCGAAUCUAACGAUCUCAAAAUGUGCAAAUGAUAUAUAUAUAUAUGAAUUAUCAUAUUAGAUAAAAGAUUUAUUUUUCUUCUUUUUUUAUAUUUUUUUUUUAUAUUUUAAAUCAAGAUAUCAUUAAAAAAACGCACAUCAAUAAAAUAAUUUUUAUUUCAAAAACAAUUUCGUAUAAAUACAAAAAUAUUUAUAAGUAAUUUAUAGAGAAAAAUAUCAUAGUUAUUUUAUGAUUAGCAUAGAAUAUCAUAUCAUAUAUUAAAAGAUUUAUAUUUUAAUCAUGUAUACAUAUAUGUUUAUAUAUGCGUAUAUGUACUUACUUAUAUAUGUAAACAUAAAUAUAUAUGUAUACAAAUAAUAUAAGAUCAAUUUAUAAAAAAAAAUCAUUUGAGAUACUAUCAUAAAACGUAUUUAUUAUUUUAUAUUAUUAUAGAUAAUGUCUAAUUUAAUGCCUAUUUUUUAUUUUUUAAAAAAUGUCUAUUUUUACGAUUUUAUAUAUACUAUUUUUAAUUUUAAAAAAAUUCAGAAAAAAUAAAUUGUGAUUGAUAUAAAUAUUUUUAUAAAUAUUGUUAAAUUAGAAUAAAAUUACAGUAAUUUUUAAUAUCUAUGUAUAUUAAUUUUACAUCAUAUUUCGUCUUCGUUAACUCUAAUUUUAUGAAAUCUAUAACGAGUAGCUUUAAUUAAAUUCAAAGUAGGCGACGAAAUCCAAUAAAGUCCACCGAGAAAUUGUAAUAGCGCAACGAGACUCAAACAAAAAUUUGUAUCUGUAAUCAAAAAUUCUAUUCUAUAUGACUUCUUUAUAACUCUUAAUUUCUUCUCUUAAUUCGUUUACAUUUGUAAUUUUUAAUUUGAUUUUUUAUCGAAAUAAAGUUUUGUUAUGAGAA